AUGAACGGCUACAGCGACCCGUACGCCUCGCAGUACCCCUACACAGACCCGCGCAACCCUCCCCCGUCGCAGCCACCGCCUCACCAGUACCCAAUCGCCUCGACCAGCCAACUCCCUCCGUCGCCGCCUCUUCCUCGACCAGCGGUUAACUGGGCUGGACAGAUCGGGUAUGAGGGAAUGGGGCUCCCGCCUGGAGGGUCAAUACUCGUCUCGACGUCGAACGGACAGCUGCCCAAGACUCUGCCAGGCGGGACAGAGUUGGUCAAGGUGACGGCCAAGUCCUGCGCAAACUGUCGUUCUCGAAAGGUCAAGUGCGACCGACGGUAUCCAGAAUGCGCGCGGUGUACGAAGCGGAAGGAGACGUGUGACUACGGCGACGAUGUCUCGAUCGCCCUCCGACCCAAUUGGGUGUCACCGGCCGAUGAGGACCUCAUCACGCCUGCUGCGCCCAUGCGAACUCCCUUCUCCACUACCACUCCCCUCAGCCGACCUUCAUACGCCUCAUCCGCCCAGCCCUACCCUUCUCGCCCUCAUCAACUACAGCCCUACGACUCCUACGCCCCACCUCCAAAUCGCGGCAUCGUCGACCUCCCACGCUCGCAAGCACUCGUGCACGGUCUUGGAGGACACGCGAACGGGAAAGACGAGGGCGAGGAAGCGAAUGGGACGGGCACGGUCAGGCAGUGGGAGGUGUUCUUGCAGGCGAGCAAUCUGGGAGAGUCGUCGAGUUCGUGGAGGUUGGCGUUGCCGUCGAUGGCUUCGUCGUUGACGAUCCAUCUCAUCGAUGCUUCGAUGCACUCGUGCUGCUUCCAUCUACCCGCAUUUCAUAUCUUCAGCCCCGAAGUCUCCUACUUCAAGUCGAACGUCGACCGUUUGGACACGGCUAGUCAGGUCAUCGUCGGCAUCCUCACCUCCCUCGGCGCCCGCGCUUCCCCUCACUCCGCCCUCCUCGGCAUCGCCGGCCCCGACAUCGAAAACGGCCAAGCGUCGCACGACCUCGUCCUCUCCGCCGGCCACCGCCGCGAGAACGCGUGGCGAGCAAUCGUCAAACGCGCGACGGAGGUCUGCACGAGCUUGGAGAUCCUCGAGGUUGCGAGCGCGAGGAAUUUGCAGACUUUGACGGCGUUCGUGCAGAUGCUCAUGCUCGCCGAGGUCAAGCCGACGAAAGCGCGGUUCUUCCUCCGCACCGCGAUGGGUCUCUACCGCGACAUGCAGCAGCAGAACUCGGGCUUGUCGGCGGCCGAGAUCCGCGAUAUCAAGAGAGCGGCCGGACCGACCCUCUUCGAAGCCGAUUCGCGCAUCGCCGCCUACCUCAGCAUGCCGAUUCUCAUCUCCGACGAGGACCUCGACCAGUACUUUGACGGCACGGGCGUCCACGUUCCCGACCUCGCGACGGAAGAACUCGGUCCCCAGCUCGACACGAUUCUCGAGUCGGACGGCGGGCGGGUUACGAGCGAGAAACUGAACCGCGCACUUGCCCUCAUCGGCUACUUCGUCUGCUCGGUCCAGCGCUAUUUCGCCAAGAUCUCGUCGUCGCGCAAGACGGGCGCCAAGUUCCUCACCGCCAUCCCGGACUUGUGGGACUACAUCGACCGCGCGCAUCAGGCGGUCCAGAAGUUCCACCGCACGCUCGUCAGCCUCACCUAUACGCCAGACGGGUGCGACGACCACCACACGGUCGACUACGACCUCCUCAUCGCCGUCAGGAUGGACGAGCGUCUCCUCGAUAUCGUCCACCUCGCGCAUGUUUGGCUCUCGAGGAGGACGAGGGAGGACCUCUCGCCAUCACAGGUGGUCGACCUCGACAAGCUGCUCGGCGUGUCGGACCGCCGCGUGCGCAAGUGCCUCAAGCUGCUCGCCUUCUACUCCAAGGUCUUCGUCGACUCUCUCGACAAGCACUGCGUCUACCACCUCUUCACGCAGCUUGAGUGCCUGCCCAACUGGGCGACGCUGGCAGCCCAGCGCGUGGACGAGAUGACGCCCUUCGGACCGCUGUCGGAAGAGUGCGCCUUGACCGAGACAGAGCUCGACUGGUUCACCCGCGCGCUCGAGCUCGCAUGCUUUUUUACGCCGCUCGCCCAGACGCGGCUGAAGGAGUUGACGACAGCUCGCAAUGCGAGGCGGCCGCCCGCGAAUUACGACGCCUUCAAUUUCGACCUUUCCGUCCCGCCUCAGCCAUCGGUCUCGCUCCCUCCGCUGCCCAUGCAGCCUACCUCGGCGCCGUACGCAUCCGCUCUCGACGCCCAAGCCCUCCCGCCGCCUCAUCCGUACGCUCCGAAUGCGACCUGGAACUUCGACCACUACGGCCGGCCACUGUCGUUCCAGGCCGCACACGGCGUAGUAGAUGCGCCCGGGACGGACAGCGAAUCGCCGACGGCGCACUCGCAGAGCUCGACCGAGGGCACAACCGCCGCCUUCACCGACAGUCCAGCGGCGACUUUCGACUACUCAGCCACUUCGUCGAGGCCCACCGCUUCCGCUUCUGUACUCCCUCCCGCAGUCGACUUUGCCGGCGACGCGACGGCGGCAUGGAUUGGCGGGAACGGCGGAUACGAGUACUCGACGGGCUUGACCCCGACUUACGACCCGCUGGGCGGAGACGGCGGGGCCAGCAUCAUCGAGCUGCCGAGCGAGGUGGUCGGAGGAAGUGUCGCGGGCGGCGCGAACAUCGCCUACAUACGCAGCGGGCUGACGCCUGGGCAGAGCGGCGACGACUUGCGGGGACAGGGUCGGUCGCCUUCGAACGGCGUGGCAGGGUGGACGUCGGUCGAGCAGUGGUGA